AUGACGUCAAACAGUUUGAAAGUCGAACAGUUUACCACCCUGUACCUGGCUAUAGCGACGAAGCAGGAAGCCAUAAGAUAUAUUCUGCUCCAUCAGAAAGAUAAUUUGGCUGACCAAAGUCUUUUACUGGAAAUUUGGAAUGACCGUUUAUUCGCACAGAACAGGUUAAUUUACAAUGGCACAGAAAAACUGGCAGCAACGGCUGAUAAAUCACUAUCUUCUUCAAAAGCUAAUCCACUGAGCUUUAAAGGAAAGUACGUAACUGUAAGCGCUGAUGUUAAAGUCUAUUGUAACCAUGGUUACUUAGUGCCAGAUUGCGCUAAGCAUUGUGUGUCUCGUAACGACAGCAAAGGUCACUUUAACUGCGACUACGGACAGGGGAGAAAAAUAUGUCUUCCUGGUUGGUUCAAUAAGGAUUGCACGAAACUAUGUUUACCAAAAAAUAGCGAACAAGGACACUAUAACUGCUCCGCGACGGGAGAGAAAUUGUGCCAUAAAAAUUGGUUCGGUGAAAAUUGUACCACGUAUUGCCAGAAAAACAGAAAUCAGACUCUCUAUUGUGACCCAAAUACCGGGAAUAAGAUAUGUCGUCGAAAUUGGUAUGGAAACAACUGCACAACGUACUGUACAAGUAAAAAUGAUUCAACUGGAAAUUUUCAUUGUAAUAAAACCUCUGGUAUGAAAAUCUGCAAUGCUGACUGGUAUGGAAUGAACUGUGCGAAUUAUUGCAAGGAACAAAAUAAAGCGAGUGGACAUUAUUCAUGUCAAAAAGAGAACGGAUUGAAAAUUUGUCAUCAACAUUGGUAUGGAAUGAACUGCACUAGAUAUUGCAAAGAACAGAAUGAUUCGUCUGGACAAUAUGUCUGUGAUAAAGAUACUGGUUUCAAGAUUUGUUCUGCCAAUUGGUUCGGCGAAAAUUGUAGUGUUUUUUGUUUGCAAUCAAUCAAUGACUUUAACGGACAUUAUGAUUGCAACAGAACAACAGGUUUAAAGAUCUGUCACAGAAACUGGUAUGGGGAUAAUUGUACAAGCUAUUGUAAAGAAGACAGCGAUUCUGGGGAGAGUUAUUCUUGCAAUAGAACGACCGGGGAAUAUAUUUGUCAUUUAAAUUGGUUUGGAAAGAACUGCAAUUGUACUGAAACUAUAAAUUAUUAUUGCAAUCAGACAACGGGGCAGAGAAAAUGUCAUCCACAUUGGUAUGGUUUUGAUUGUACAGUCAACUGCAUAGAAAAUUCUGGGAAUGCUGACACUUACUUAUGCGAUAAGAAAACGGGAAGAAAAAUAUGUCGUUCUAACUGGUUUGGAGAUAACUGCGAAAUAUUUUGUAAAAGUAGAAACGAUGAUUCUGGUCAUUAUUUUUGCAAUGAAACAUCUGGUUUGAAGAUUUGCCACUCGCGUUGGUAUGGUGAGAAUUGCACAGAAUUCUGCACGGAAGAGAGCGAUCAAACGUCGUGUAGGAUUAACGAAGAGAGGAUUUCGCAAGAAUGUAAUGGUGGAAUUGAAUGGUAUAUCAUUGUCGUUUCACUUAUAUCUGGAAUUAUCUUUGGAAUUUUCCUUUCUAAAAUCGUCUCAUGUUUGUGUCGUAAAGUCAAAAGCACAAACGCUCCAACAUCUGAAGUUGACUUGAAUUACCAAGAACUUGAUCUUACAAAAAUGAACACAGAAGACAAUUACCAGUCGUUAAACCGGCGUACGAUUGGUGAUAACUCGACGUACACGGAUUUGAACAAAACCAGAAAUGUUGAGAACAACUAUCAGUCUUUAACUUGAGACUGCAUCUGGCCUUAGCACUGUUGUUGGAACUUCAAUUUUUUUCCUGUUGACAAGACGGUGGUGUUGAAUAAUUAUUCUAAAAAAAUAAUCCCAUCGUAUGUGCUUCGAAAAACUUGCCACCUGAAUCAAAUUCAUCAAUAGGAAACAUUAAAAUUACUUUCAGAUAAUUUAGCAAAAGGCUAAUAGUUGUAAUGAACUUAGCAUCAAAUGUGGUAUAACAACUGCCUAAAUGGA